AUGUUGAGAUUGCAAAGCAAAACAGACGAUAAGCAAUCAGCGGUUUUCUUGAAUCACAGGAAACUAAUAAACGAGGCAUAUGGCGAAUUCCAGCUCAAGUCUGAGCUCUUCCAGUUUCAAGCCAAGAAGACGCCUCAGGAGAAUGGUGGAAAGCAGCCCAAGAAGCGGAAGAAGAAUGCCGGCGAUGGGGGGACAUCCUCCUCGGAAGAUUUGCAUAUGGUGAAUGGAUAUCUCGAGCUUCUGACCAAGCCCAACGCAUCGGCUGAUACUCCUCCAAUAGCCAGGCACUGGGAGGACGCCUACAUCGUGCCCCAACUUUAUGGAGCCAACGAAAGCGGUCGGAUGCAGAAGUUCCAGAGUCAGGAUGACGCGCCCAGCGUAUACUUAAUUCCCAAUCGAUGCAAGUUCUUCAACCACAACGUGGACAAUUUGACAGCACUGCUCCACCAACUCCUGCCCGCCUACGAUCUCAUCGUGCUGGAUCCUCCCUGGCGCAACAAGUACAUCCGUAGGUUGAAGCGUGCCAAGCAGGAGCUGGGAUACUCCAUGCUCAGCAAUGACCAACUGUCGCUCAUCUCGCUCUCCAGGCUCACACACCCACGAUCCAUAGUGGCCAUCUGGUGCACCAAUUCAACGCAGCACCAGGUGGCGCUGGAGCAGCAGUUGCUGCCCAGCUGGCAACUCCGGUUGGUCCACAAACUGAGGUGGUACAAACUCAACACGGACCACCAACUGAUUGCUCCUCCUCUGGGGGACCUUACCCAGAAGCAGCCCUACGAGAUGCUCUACGUGGCCUGUCGCUCAGAUGCUCGUGAGGAUUACGGGAAGGACAUCUUGAACACCGAUCUGCUUCUCAGCGUGCCCAGCAUUGUUCACUCCCACAAGCCACCACUGCUGUCGUGGCUCAGGGAUUACUUGCAGCUGGAGAAUGACCAGAAGGAACCGAAAUGCCUGGAGCUGUUUGCCCGAUAUCUGCAGCCCAACUUCACUUCCAUUGGCUUGGAGGUGCUCAAAUUGAUGGACGAAAGGUUAUAUGAUGUGGGCCAAGAAGGCAACCACUCCAAAUUGGAAAAUACGUAACCCUGGUCGCCAAGUAAUAUUUGGAAAACUUUUGUUUUAUUUAAGACCCUUUAUACAAUAAGUAGAAAACCCUGAGCCUAUUUGUUAUUUACUUCUGAGUAAUUGUUAUUGACAUACUCAUCAAAUAGUCACUCGUAUAAUUGUCAAAUGAAUUUAAAUAUUGGGCUUUGAUUUCGUAAAUUACACUGAAUUCGUUUCCAAUACUAUAGAUAAAUGCUUAUUUAAUUUAUAUUGAGUGUAUUUAAUAUUAGAAAGACUGGCAUGGAAUACAAAAAAAUUAAAAAAGCUUUAUUAAUUAUGUAAAAGGAAUAUUAUUGUUUUAUUCUGUAAGUUAGCAACGUUGCAAUAGGUA